GCCGGGGGCGGGCAGGGCAGGGCAGGGCAGGAAAGGAAGGGCAGGAAGGAAGGAAGGAAGGGCAGGGGGCGAUGGCUGCAACCAGUCAUGGUGGGGCACCUCCCGUCGACAAGCUCCUCUAUAUUUAAAUGCAACGUGCAUGCGCGCAUCUGUUCAAGAUGCACGGUAGCAGUCAGCGUUAGCUCCGCCCGCUGCUGCCCAUCUGCCGCGCCUAUCCUCUCGUCCCCUCCCCAUCCUUCGCCGCCCGAGCCUCGCUCGGCUUUAGAAUCUCGUGAAAGCGCAGCUCAGGCUCUCUUCUCUCUCGUUCCCUCUCUUUCUCUCUCUCUCUCUCUCUUCUCUUCGCGGGCGCUCUUCGUUCGCUCAGCUCUCUCGGUUCUUGCAUUUUCUCCGAUCGGAUUGCGCAUCGGAUUGGUGGUGGCUGUCGUCGUUCGUCAAAAUGUUGGUGGAGAAUUUCCGCGUAGAGAGUGAGAAUGUGAAGUACACGGAGGAUGAAAUCUCGUCCUCGUAUCAGUACCAGACCACCGAAUUGGUGCACGAUGUUAAGGAUGGCAAGUACGAGUGGGUUGUGCGUCCCAAGAGCGUCACCUAUGAGUUCAAGACUGAGCGCAAGGUGCCGAAGCUCGGGGUGAUGUUGGUCGGAUGGGGUGGCAACAAUGGAAGCACUUUGACCGGAGGAAUUAUUGCGAACAGAGAGGGAAUCUCCUGGGUCACCAAGGAUGGAGUCCAGAGAGCCAACUACUUCGGAUCCCUCACUCAGGCCUCAACUUGCCACAUUGGUGCUUACAGCGGAGAGGAGAUUUACGUGCCAUUCAAGAGCAUUUUACCGAUGGUUGAUCCAAAUGACAUCGUCAUCGGAGGAUGGGACAUUUCCAGUAUGAAUUUGGCUGAUGCCAUGGACCGUGCUAGAGUACUGGAUAUUGAUUUGCAAAAGCAGCUGCGCCCCCACAUGCAAGACAUGUUGCCAAUGGCAGGUAUCUACGACCCGGACUUCAUCGCCGCCAACCAGGGUGCCAGGGCCGACAACUGUAUCAAGGGAACCAAGGCGGAGCAGUUGGAGCAACUCAGGAAAGACAUCAGGAACUUCAAGGCCCAAACUGAGGUCGAAAAGGUAGUUGUGCUGUGGACUGCCAACACUGAGCGUUACAGUGACGUCAUUGUUGGAUUGAAUGAUACCAAGGAGAACUUAUUCAAAUCCUUGGAGAAGAAUGAGUCUGAAAUCUCACCUUCCACCAUUUACGCUUUGGCCUGCAUUCACGAGAAAGUCCCGUUCAUCAACGGAAGUCCUCAGAAUACCUUUGUUCCUGGGGUCAUCGACUUUGCUGUUGAGGAAAAUGUCCUCAUAGGUGGUGAUGACUUCAAGAGUGGACAGACGAAGAUGAAGUCUGUGCUGGUCGACUUCCUUGUUGGAGCUGGUAUCAAGCCCACAUCCAUUGUGAGCUACAACCAUCUCGGAAACAACGACGGAAUGAACCUUUCCGCGCCCCAAACUUUCAGAUCCAAGGAAAUCUCCAAGAGUAACGUCGUGGAUGACAUGGUGUCGAGCAACUCCAUUCUGUACGGCCCAGGAGAGCACCCGGAUCACGUUAUCGUCAUCAAGUAUGUCCCGUACGUUGCCGACAGCAAGCGCGCGAUGGACGAGUACACCUCGGAGAUUUUCAUGGGCGGCAGAAACACCAUUGUCAUGCACAACACCUGCGAAGACUCCCUGCUAGCAGCUCCUCUCAUUCUCGAUUUAGUGCUCCUAGCCGAGCUAUUCACCAGAAUCACUUUGAAAGAAGAUGGGCAGGACAAAUUCAGAUCGUUCCACCCCGUGGCCACUCUAUUGAGCUACUUGACGAAGGCACCCUUGGUACCAGCUGGAACCCCUGUUGUGAACGCGCUGGCCAAGCAGAGAGCAAUGUUGGAGAACGUGAUGCGCGCAUGCAUCGGACUGAACCCGGAGAACAACAUGAUGUUGGAAUACAAAUGAAGACUGUAACAUACGCCAUCAAAAGUCUGAUUGUUUCGAUCGUCUAUUUUUUCCCUUCAAUUCUCUUCCCUGCGAGUUCUGCCUUCAAGAUUGGUACUUGACUGGACGGCACCUUGUACAUAUAUAACGCAUGUCAACAGUUGAGUGGCUGCGUAGGUUUGAAGACAUAACUACAGUCUAACACUUUAUUCUACUUGAGCUCAAAUUCCCCAGGAAUAUAUAGACGCCGCCAUAGGAAGAAAUUGUGGCAGCAUGCUCCCAUCGCAUUGGUUUAAUUCAUUAUGACAGACAAACAGGGAGUUCUUCCAAUGUUAUGAAUGAAAAUGAAGAACUCGCGACUUGCGUUCUGUGAACCUGGCGAGAACUAAUUCUCACAAUGCGGUUGAAAUUUUUCAAUGCCGCUGUGCUUGCACAUGAUCUUGAAUGGAGAAUGUUGACGA